AUGAACUUCUGUACUGGCAUUGAUCCUUUCAUGAAAAUUAAUGCCCGUUUUAUUGUGCAAACUGUGUUAAAUGGGUCGUCAUUUGCAAACUGUGUUAAAGAACCCAUCGCUUCAGGUUUAAAGCUUGAGAGCGGGCAUGACAAGCUAGAAAUUGAGAAAAGUGGGAAUAUAUGGUUCAUCUGUGGAGUGGGGCAGCAUUGCGAAAACGCUAUGAAGUUCAAAAUAACAGUGACUGAUGAAUCCUCAUCUUCACCUGCACCAGCACCUGCACCAGAAUCAUCGGACUGGAGUGGAGAUUCAGAAGAAAAUUGGCCAACUGCUGCUCUAUCUUCUAAUUUCUUUUAA